AUGACUCUUGAAAAUGCAGCUGUUAUGCAAACGAUGAAGCUGGCAGAAAGUGGAAGUUUGAAACGCCAUUUCAGGACACACACUCAAGAAAAAUCCUAUUCUUGUGAAAUUUUGAGGACACAUACAAAAGAAAAACCAUAUUCAUGUGAAAUUUGUAAAAAGUCA